AUGGCUUCACCAUCGCCGCUCCUUCCCGGAGGCCCCGGUGCAUCUCCCAAGUCAGCCAAGCCGGCCGGUGCCGCCGCCAGCGCGGCCAUCUCCACCGCCAGGCAGACGCACCUCCCCACCGCCGACGUCGAGGAGUCGCCCAUCGCCGCCGCUGACGCGGGCGCCGUGCCCGAGGACGAGCUCGAGAUGGCGAGCACCGAGGACGGCACCCUGAGCGCCUCCACCUCGAUCACCUCGAGCAUCCACCAGCACGCCUUCGAGAACGGGCGCCGCUUCCACAGCUACAAGUACGGCCGGUACCCGAUCCCCAACGACGACGCCGAGCAGCGCCGCGAGGACGUCAAGCACGCCAUGAUGCUCGAGCUGACCGACGGCAAGCUGUGGCACGCGCCCCUCCCGGCCGACGCGCGGCGCAUCCUCGACGUCGGUACGGGGACGGGCAUCUGGGCGAUUGAAGCCGCCGACCAGCUCCCCGGCGCCGAGGUGCUGGGCGUCGACCUGUCGCCCAUCCAGCCGAAGUGGGUGCCGUCCAACUGCCGCUUCCUCGUCGACGACGUCGAGGAAGAGUGGCUCUACGGCGACAACUUCGACAUGGUGCACAUGCGCACCAUGGCCUCUGUGCUCAAGGACAUCCCCAAGGUCCUGCGCCGCGCAUACAACGCCCUCAAACCCGGCGGCUGGCUCGGGAUGCAAGAGCUCCAGGCCGUCCUCGGCUGCGACGACGGCACCACGCCGCCCAACGACGGCCUCGCCGUCUUCUACCGCGCCGUCCGCACCUCCCUCACCAAGUUCGGCAUGGACCUCGACAUGCCGCGCGAGCUGCGCCCCCUGCUCGAGGAGGCCGGCUUCGUCGCCGUCGCGCACGUCGCGCGCAAGGUGCCAGUGGGCCCCUGGGCCGCGGACCGCAGCCUGCGCGUCGCGGGGCUGUACUGCCGCGAGGCCGUGGGCGACUUGGUCCCCGCCAUGGCGGCCAAGCCGUUCCGCGCGGCGGGGCUCUCGGGGGCCGAGUGCGAGGCCCUGGCGGCGGGGGCGCGGGCGGCGCUGGGGGACAUGUCGAGGCAUCGGUAUCUGCCGUUUCACUUUUGGACGGCGCAGAGGCCACUGGUUGGGGGUUGA